AUGUUUAUAAAUGUAGUUAAGUUUACCAUUAUAUAUAAAAUACACUACUACAUGGAAAUUACUAAACCUAGUGAUUCCUCAUUAUCGAUUUAUUGGUCAAGUGAAUCGCACCGGCAUUUAAUAAUAUAUCAGACAGACACUCUAGUCCAUCACACAGAAAAUUACUAUUUGCCACUAAUGGAUUCACUAGUGGUGGUAUGUAUAACCGCGAUCUUCCAAAAAAAAUAG